AUGGAAAAGGAUCCUUACCCCAAUGAAACCAUUGCCAAUGGCACUCCAGUAAAUCAUCAGCCUCUGUCAAGACAUAGUUUGUGGGAAGUUAUCACUAUAGCAACAGUGACAGCCAUAGUAAGCCUGGGCACCAUUGUAGGCAACAUCUUGGUCAUGUUGUCUUUCAAAGUCAAUAGCCAGCUCAAGACAGUCAACAACUAUUACCUUCUGAGCUUGGCUUUUGCUGACUUAAUCAUUGGGAUCUUCUCUAUGAACCUCUAUACCACUUAUAUCCUCAUGGGGCACUGGGCUCUGGGAAGCCUGGCCUGUGAUCUGUGGCUUGCUCUGGACUAUGUGGCAAGUAAUGCUUCUGUCAUGAACCUUCUAGUGAUCAGCUUUGACCGCUACUUCUCUAUUACUAGGCCUCUGACCUACAGGGCCAAGCGUACUCCAAAGCGGGCAGGGAUCAUGAUCGGUCUGGCCUGGUUGAUCUCCUUUAUCCUUUGGGCUCCAGCUAUUCUCUGCUGGCAGUAUUUGGUUGGGGAGAGAACAGUCCCACCAGGUGAGUGUCAAAUCCAGUUCCUCUCUGAGCCCACCAUCACCUUUGGCACCGCCAUCGCUGCCUUCUAUAUCCCAGUGUCUGUCAUGACUAUCCUCUAUUGCCGUAUCUACCGGGAAACUGAAAAGCGCACCAAGGACCUAGCUGAGCUCCAGGGCUCUGUUUCUGUGGCUGAGUUUGAGACAAGCAACUCCACACGGAAGACUCUGCUUAAGUCCUGCUUCAGCUGCCAACAGCCGACCUUGGCCAAAAGGGAAAGGUGCCAGGCUUCCUGGUCAUCCUCAAGCAGAAGCACCUCUGCCACUGGGAAGCCUUCCCAGCCCACUGGUGCAAACAGUGACUGGGCCAAAGAAGAACAGCUUACCACUUGUAGCAGUUAUGCCUCCUCAGAGGAUGAGGAGAAACCCACCACUGACCCAGUCUUCCGAAUGGCCUACAAGAGCCAGGCAAAGGAAAGUCCAAAGGAGGAAUUUAGUGUUGAAGAGACCAAAAAAGAUCUUGUGAAAGAAAAUCCUGUGAAUGAUAACUAUAAAACACAGAAAUACUUCCUGUCCCCAACUACCAUCCGUAGGCCCAAAAAUCAAAAAUGUGUGGCAUACAAAUUCCGGUUGGUAGUAAAGGCUGAUGGGACCCAAGAGACCAACAAUGGCUGUCAUAAGGUGAAAAUCAUGCCUUGCUCAGUCCCUGUAUCCAAGGAACCUUCCACAAAAGGCAUGGAUUCCAACCUCAGCAACCAAAUGACCAAGAGGAAGAGAAUGGUCCUGGUUAAAGAGAGGAAAGCGGCCCAGACUCUUAGUGCCAUCCUGCUGGCUUUCAUCAUCACAUGGACCCCCUAUAACAUCAUGGUGCUGGUGUCUACCUUCUGUAGCAAGUGCAUCCCUGUCACCCUGUGGCACCUGGGCUACUGGCUAUGCUAUGUGAACAGCACUGUCAACCCCAUCUGCUAUGCCCUCUGCAAUAAAACUUUCAGGAAAACUUUUAAGAUGCUGCUCCUCUGCCGAUGGAAGAAAAAAAAAGGUGGAUGA